CUUCCCUCUCCCAUUUCCCCCCAAACACCUGUGCUAAGGAUUGAGUGGAGUAUAGAAAGGAAGGUCUGAUAAGGAGAAGCCAGCUGGGGCUUCAGACAUCUCUUCUGUCCAUCAGAGAAGCAAGAAGCAAAGUGGCCACAAUGGGGACCAGGCUGCCCUUCCUCCUCUUCCUGAUACUUCUGGGCAACUCACAGGGAACAGGGCCAGGAAUGAUUUUGCAGCUGAAGCUGAAGGACUCCCUUCUAGCAAAUUUCUCCUAUGAUUCCAGCUACCUGGAAUUGCUUGAAAAGCUCUGCCUCCUCCUCCACCUCCCACCAGGGACCAAUGUCACCCUCCAUCAUGCAGGAUCCCCAUACUGUGCCAUCUGCAAAGUGUGAGAAGAGUCAAAACCUGUGUCCUCCCUUGGCCCAGGCAUUUGACUACCAAGAUACAGGUGGGAUGCCCUAACCCUGCCAAGUGGCAGUAAAUAUGAUGAAUUUAA